UAAAUCCCUUUAGUAUUCUUUGCUCAAAUUUCCCAGUGAAUGGGUCUAAUGAAUAGAGAAAUGAUAUUUUAUAAUUGCAGCUAUAGGGCAUGCGUGUAGAGGCAAUCUGCUUUGGCAGGGAGUAGAUUUAUGGCUGCUGUUUGCUUUGAUAUAAUUUUGAAGAUUGAAGUAUCUAAUGAAAUCAGUUAUUUGAAGGACUAUGAUAUGAUCACAAACUAAAAUGGUGAAAGCUGUCGCAGUUCUUAGCAGUAGUGAAGGUGUCAAAGGCACCAUAUUCUUCACCCAAGAUGGAGAUGGCCCAACUACAGUUACUGGAAACAUUUCAGGCCUCAAACCUGGACUUCAUGGCUUCCAUGUUCAUGCCCUAGGGGACACAACAAAUGGCUGCAUGUCAACUGGACCCCAUUUCAAUCCUGCUGGCAAGGAGCAUGGUGCCCCUGAUGAUGAGAACCGCCAUGCCGGUGAUCUUGGUAACAUCACAGUUGGAGAAGAUGGAACUGCUUCUUUCACCAUCACUGAUAAGCAGAUUCCUCUUACUGGAGCAGAUUCUAUCAUUGGAAGAGCUGUAGUUGCCCAUGCUGAUCCUGAUGAUCUUGGUAAAGGUGGUCAUGAGCUCAGUAAAAGCACCGGAAAUGCUGGUGGCAGAGUUGCUUGUGGUAUCAUUGGUCUGCAGGGUUAGAUGUGAAAACUCCGCGAGGAAAGUUUCAAUAAAGGAUUCAUCAAUAUUGAUGAAUAUGUUUGUGUUUGUGAGCUUUUUUGACCAACUUUCAUUAGCUCUUAACUGAAUAUGCUGUAGGCUGUAGCACUGCAGAAACUGCUGAAGCUUUUUUGUUAAUGCAUCUUACUGCUAUUGAGCUCUUAAGUUAUCUUCUGUGAUGGAAAUUGAGUACUUAUUGUCGUUGAUGUUC